GUAACAAUCUCCAACACCCACCUUGACACCAAGAAUGUCCAGGCCAACAUUCGUGCUGCAUUGAACUUGAUAAUGCAUAGUGAUAAUGAAGCCGACUACAAUGCUCAUUGGCAAAAGUUCAGAUUAGACUAUGUCAUGCAGUUUCCUGUCUUAACGUCUUAUAUGGAGGUUACAUGGAAACCAAAGAAAAAAAGUUGGGUUAAGGCAUGGAGACAGAAUGCUGUAUGCCAUACAAACAAUUUGACAGAGUCUUAUCAUAACCAACUAAAGUUCUUUUAUUUAGGCCGGUCUCGCAACUGUAGAAAUGACAAGAUUGUAUAUCUACUUUCUCAGUUAGCUGAGAGAGAUUACCGUCAGGAUACUCUUGAGACCUAUUUUGGUAUUAAGAGCAUCAGACUUAGUGUGGAUGACACAGAACGAAAGAGAAGGGCCAGUGUUAUUGCUAUCGAAAAAGCAAAUGGUCUGAUUGAAGAAGUUGAACCGCAAGCAUUGCAAGCAUACAAGAUGUAUUCUUGCAAAUCUUUUGAAGAGGGUUGUGAACUGGUAUACUUUAUCAAGUUCACAACCCACUUACAUGAUUGCUCUUGCCCAGACUCUGCUAGAUUGUGCAAACAUAUCUUCUUGGUCUCUCGAGUUUUUGACCUGCCAGUGACA